AUGAUAUAUUCUGAUCAUAAAGAAUCUGGCGAAUCUAAUGAUGACGAGGACAUUUCGGACAUCUGUAUGCCGACUCGAAAAGUUUUGGAAAUUAGAAGAAAUUUCGGAAACGUUCAGUACGUACAGCCUUACACAGAGGAAGAAAUUGAGUGUGAAAAUCAUUUGAAGCAGAAUUUUUCUCUUGACUCAACAAGUAGAUUUGUUGUAAAGUUUUCAUUUCAUAGUUCUAGCAGUGAACGUAGGUCAUCUAGGGAUGUUGCUGUCCAUUAUUUACAACACACUGAACGUCAAUUUAUUAGGAAUAAAUCUCUUUCCAGUCGGUACCGCAAAUUUAUGGAGGACUAUCAACAACUUGGUCAUAGCGAAUUGAUUCCAAAAAACGAAAUUCAUGUUCCAGCUAAUUCUAGUUUUUACCUUCCGUACCAUUCUGUUCCGGAUAAAAAUGGUGAUAAAUUUCGAGUGGUAUUUGAUGGUUUUGCUAAAUCUUCUAGCGGUAUUUCUCUUAAUGAGAAAUUGAUGAUUGGUCCACAGUUACAGACUGGUCUGACAACAUUAAUUAUUCGUUUCAGAAUCCACAGAAUAGCUAUAACUGCGGACAUUGAGAAAAUAUACAGACAAAUCAUACUACAAGGUGCAGACUUUCAAAGAAUAGUCUGGCGCGAUUCACCUUUUAAACCAAUUCAAGAAUUUCGGGUCCCACCAGCGGCCGAGCGGUAG